UUUCGCCAUGAUUUACAACUUAGUCAAUCCCGUAUCUGCGUUGUCAAAGCAGAAAUGCAGUAUAUAAGAAGGCACGAUUACCCAGAUUUCCUGAGGCAAUGAGCAGAUGUUCAAUCAAGAAGCCCCUAUCAAGUUACCACUCCUGACCAAUCUAAAAAAUGCCCCCUCCUUUUCAAUUAUCACCAUGUCCAAACUCAUGUUUGCCCAAACACCUCCAUGCAGCCCGAUCGACGAAAGCGCCCAGAGGAGCCCGACAUUGGAUGGAAUGUAUCAGCACCUUGUCGCACAGAAGGAACUAAAAGAUCUCCUUGUGGAAGUUAUCCAGGAGAUCAGGGCUAAUCCCACCGCAGCUGAGCCCAAUACGGAUGGUGCAUCGUCGGGAGCGAACAAGCUGUCAGACUCCAAGCCCGCAGUCGCCGCACUUGGCUCUAAGUUUGACUUCAAGAGAGUCGAAGAGAUUUGGGAUAAAAUGACACUGCAGUAUAAGACCAAGGAAGCGGUGGAAGAGGUCCUUGAUGAGCUUGACCAAUAUGCCUCCGUUGUUGAGCUGGACCUCUUGUACUACUUCCUUCCUGAGCUGGAGACAUAUAGGACAAACACCGCUGGUACACCGGGCCGACAGGGCCAAGUGAAUUUCCUUUCCCUGCUCAUCGAAUUCGUCUUGAUGACAUACCAGCCCACAACUGAACGGCUCGCAUCCCAACUUGAAAGUGGACAAGCCAUGUGGGACAUUCUCUGGGCUGUCUUCAAGCCGGGGUCCAUCAUCUAUACAAAAUGGUUUUGGACGGAGAAGCCAAGAUGCGUUGUGCUGAAUGCUAUUGAGGAGAAAACCAGGUUUAAUGGUGUGGAGUAUCACAGCCUCAAUUGUAGCUACAUCGACUAUGACAGAAAGUACCACCUGGAGGAAGUGAUGGUCAGGCAGAACCUGAUCAAAUGUUGGCCGGAAGUUCUGUGGACUAGCAGGAACACAUAUCUGUCACUGCUGUGGAACUGCCUUCUUCAUGAAGAAGAGACAACCUAUGCAACCGUUGAUGACUUUGGUGAAAUUAAAUGGUCAUCGACUCUCUUUGGGAACUUGACAAUUCCUGAUGAGCAGAGGUCCACUCUUAUGGCACUUGCAAAGACACAGAUGGGUGUGACUCCCGCCCUCCCAUUUGAUGAUUUUGUUGCAGGCAAGGGGUGUGACCUGAACAUCCGUUUUGUACACAGUGGCCCACCGGGUGUGGGUAAGACUCUGACGGCUGAAGCUAUGGCUGAGAAUUUUGAGUGGCCUCUUUACCCGAUUCCUGCCGCGCAACUGGUCACCCAAUCUGACAGACUUGAGAACAACCUCACAAGAAUAUUCCAAAUCGCCAAAUGUUUCGAUGCUCUUCUCCUCCUAGAUGAAGUUGACGUGUUUCUUGAGCGUCGCGCAUCCAUCAACAUGUCCAAGGAUGCUAUUGUUACCAUAUUCCUUCGCAAACUGGAAUAUUUCCAAGGGAUCUUCUUUCUCACGACCAACCGCGAGACAGAAUUUGACGAGGCAAUCCUUAGCAGGAUCCAUCUGAAGAUUAAAUAUCCCAACCUAAGUCGACAGCAACGAAAGGCAAUAUGGAAGCAUUUUGUCUCCCAAGCACAUACGCAUCAAAGACCUGCAGCAAUAAGUGAUCGGGAUCUGAAUUGGUUAGCAACCUCAGAUCUUAACGGCCGAGAGAUCAAGAACCUGACGUCUAUUGCACAUGCUCUUGCCACUGUGGAUCGUACCUGUGUUAGCUAUAUGUACAUCGAGUGAGCAUCAACGUCAAACGAAGAUUACUCUCGUGAAUUUGAUUAAGUUAAGAUCAAUGACAUGUACACCUAGUUUGCUCGAUCUUGGAAAGGCUUUUUGAGUCUCAGGUCUAAUGUUCUUUCUUGCUUCAAACACAAUACAAGUCCCUGUUCUGAAUUUAUGUCGUUUGAAUUACUGUUCUUGGACUCUUGGGCCGAAACCAAACCAUGUAUGGUCUCUAUAUGCGUAAGUAUUCCCGAGCAAACAUGCGUGUCAGCUUCAAAUGUAUUCCGAAGCCCGGAUCUUCAACCUGACUUCACUAGACGCCAUUUCUCAAGGGCGCUCAAAGAGCUAGAAAGCUAGAGAAGCUAAGACAAGAAAGCUAGAGAGCUAGAUGGCUAGAGUGAGAAAUAAAAGACUGUGAUCAUUGGGUGUCCC